UAAAUGACCAAGUAUAAUAUUUUGUCUCAUUUGUUUAACUGGGUUCUCUUUACCAACUUUUAGGACUUGUGUGGAAACCUGAAGAUGUUUUGGGUCAUAUUUAUUUAGAAAUACAGAAUAUUCUAAAGGGGUUCACAAACUUUCAAGCACCACUGUAAAUGAGAUGAAUGUAAUUCACUCUGGAUAAGGGCGUCCGCCAAAUGCCAUAAAUGUAAACGUAAAUUAUAGUUCAUUUAUGUUUCAUUUCUUAAUUUCAGAUCUAAACAAUACCAUCCCUCUGUCUACCCUGUCCGUUAACGUUAAGGACAAUUUCCUGUAGCAGCGUUUCCGUCGUUUACAGAAUUGCCGAGCUAGCUGAAACAUGAUUGGCUGACACGCGGCGCGCGUGCGUCCUACCAGCCAAUCAAAUUCCUCAAUCUUGGCUACACAACCUGCGUUUUAGCAAAGAGAAUCUCGCGCAUCCCUGAGCCGGGUGAGACUUGCUCGAGCACGCAGAAAUGCAUGUAAAUGUUUACAAAUAAUAACGAGGAACAAUGUGUAGUUACGUAUUAAUAUAUUUUUUUUUCUGGAGAUUUAAAAUGUAAUAUUUGUUAAAUGCAGCGUUUUAUGGGAAGUUCAGAACACAGUGGCCGGGUUUAGUUGAGAAAUUGUAAACAAAAAGACUAAAGAAAUCAGCUUUGCAGAUCUACAUCACUAAUGAGCAUAACAAGGAUGUUCAGAAUCCUGGGAUGAGCACAGGACAGUUUUUGAGAUUACAGCAGCAGUACUAUCCAAGAACAGACAGUGGUGUGAUGCUCAACAACACAUAAAAGAAGAUGAUCCGGAUCGCUGCUCUUAAUGCAGCCUCUGAGACUGCAGAUGAGCACGAGGAUCACUUUAGAAGUGCAAAACCGAGUCAGACCAAGGAGGCUCAGGCGAGUCGGUUUAUCCUUACUGUUAUCUUGGUAAUGAUGCAGUCAGAUGCGUUGGAGCUCUGUAUUAAUUCAGUCUUUCUGUCAUGAUGCGCCGCAGGAAGCAGAGGCGUUUGCGCUGUACCACAGAGCUCUCGACCUGCAGAAGCAUGACAAGUUUGAGGAGUCGGCCAAAGCCUAUCACGAGCUCCUGAAGACGCCGCUGCUUAAGGAGGCGGUGGCAUCUGAAGAUGAGAAGGUUGGGCUGAAGCACCCGGGGCUGAUGCUGAAAUACUCCACUUAUAAAAACCUGGCCAGCCUCGCUGUACUCAGGGAUGACCUGGAUACAGCUACAGACUUCUAUGUGGAGGCUGUCAUGCUGGACUCCACAGAUGUGAACAUGUGGUAUAAGCUGGGACAGGUGGCUCUGAGGAGAGUGAGCAUCCCGCUGGCUCGUCAUGCCUUCGAGGUGGGACUGCGCUGUAACCCCGACCACUGGCCGUGCCUCGACAGCCUCAUCACUGUCCUGUACACACUCAGUGACUACAGCUGCUGCCUGUACUACAUCUGCAAGGCUCUGGAGAAAGAUAUAGGCUACACUAAAGGCUGGGUGCUGAAGGAGAAGAUCUUCGAGGAGCAACCCUGCCUCAGACGAGACUCCAUGAAGUUAUUCUCGAAACUCGAUAUGACCAUGCACUACAGUGAUGCAGAUGAGCAGGAAGCUCACAGUAUUGUAGAGGAGGCAUUGGAGCUGAGGAGACAGAGGCAGGCAAAACUGGCACCACCUCCUCUGCAAGACCUACAGCUGGUGGAGCCCAUCAGACGCUUCACUUGGAAGAGCGUAGGCGAGAGCUUCCUGGCCAUGUACAAACACCAGAACGAGUGCCUGGUUCCACGACCCGACUUCGGUCGCCGAAUUGACCUCACCAUGUACCGCGAUCCAGACUGCGUCCUCCAAACACCAUCAGACGCCUCCCAAGCUCAGAUAGCCCCAGCCACAGAGUCUCCCCAUUUGUCCACCUCUGCUCCAGCACCCGAGCCUCUUCCUCCACCUCAGGCAGACUCCAGCAGCCCCAGUGCCAGCCAGUCCAUGCCCUCUGAGUAUCCUCUUCAAUCACAGGCUCAAAGCAGCAGCAGCUCAGGACAGCUACAAGUGAGCCAGAGCUCCAUGGAGGUUGGCACUGCUGCUACAAGCAUUACUGCUGCUCCUGUUUUGAAUGGUACUACUACUACUCCUACUCCUUCUAGUAUUACUCCUGCUGCUGCUGCUACUGCUACUGCUAAUACUGCUGCACCCCUUGGUGUUCUCGCCUUACCUCUGAACGAUAAAGCGAAGAAGGUCACCAAGAGGAAGAGAACAAUGGAGGACUGUGGAGAGAUGGCCAAGAGGAGAUCUGCACGUGUUCGCAACACCAAAAGCAAGAAGGAAGAAAAGAUCGACUUCCAAGAGCUGCUGCUUAAAUUUCUACCCCCACGGUUGAAGAAGUUUGAUGAGGAUGAGGAAAGCUUCAGUAACAUGGACACACAGUGUGAGGCGAAACCCAGCUCCAAACUUAACCAGGGCACCGGGUCGACCCUCUCUGACUACAUCAGCUCAGCAGAGAAAGAGCAUGAGGAAGUGCACUCCUUCCUGCUAGCUAACAUGGAGAACGGCGGCAUCCUGGAACUCCUCAUGCGCUAUUUAAAGGCAAUAGGGCAGAAGUUUCUGGAAGAGUGGCCCCCCGGUUUGAGCGGUGUGGUGACUGAGAUCUACAACUGCUGGAGGCGACAUAGCGCGGGCCUGCCCAAUCCACUGCUCAGAGACUCCAACAACCAGCACAUCAAGGAGAUGAUGAUGAUGAGUUUGUCCUGUAUGGAAAUGCAGUUGGAGCAGUGGGUCCUUUCUAAGGGAAAGAACACGUCUCAGAGGAGGAACGUGUCUGGGCACGGGGGCGAUCACGGCGAGCUGGACAGCCAGGAGAGCCGCUUCCUGACUGAUCUGUACAUGCUGAUCAUGGCCUCCUCUCAGGCAGAUGUGUUUGAGCGAGACUGGCUGUCCUUCGCUGUCAGAGUGCACUGGCUUAAAGCUCGGCACCUCGCUUUUCAGGGUGACAUGGAGGAGGCACUGGAGCGUUACGAUGUGUGUGUAGGGCUACUGAAGAGCCAGCCUCACGUCAGUGAUGGUGACAAACUCUCCAUCCACAUGCCAAAUCUUUGUGUGGAUUCAGCCGUUUCUGUAGAGGAGAUUGAGAAGAGACUGAAGUCUCUGGAGAGGUGCCAGUCACUGGAGGAGAUUCAGAGGCUGUUUGAGACCGGCGACUACCAGUCUGUGGUGAGAUUACUUCAACCCACUCUAAGCUACGGGCCCAGCUCAGCACGGCCUAAGCCAUUGGAGUACAUCAGUUCAGCUCCUGAAAGACCAGCACAGCUGCUGCUGCUUCAGGGUUCCUUGCUUCGCAUGAAGGAUUAUGCUCAGUGUCUGGAGAGUACUGAGGUGGCGCUGAAUGAGGCCAUGCAGCACAUAAACGCCAUGUUUCCCAGCAGCCCCUCUGCUAAGGAGGAGUGGGUAGCCACAGUGACGGCCAUGCUGCGGGGAGUCGAACAGUGCAUCACAGAACAGCCGUGCCUUCUCACCAGCACAACAGGGACCACCAACCUGCCUCGCCUUGCCAACAACCUCAUACAGCUAAUAGCCUGCAGCAUGGUGUUGCCUGACGACCCUAAGGAGCCUCACUUCUCCUCCAUGCUGCCGUGGAUCCUGCUCUACCACCUGCUCAAGCCGGGCGAGGCUGAGCUUGACUGCACACUCCGCCAGCACCAAGCUGAUGAUGAUGAUGAUGAUGACGACAACCCCCUGUUGCCCUCGUCUCUGAUGUUGUUAAACACCGCGCACAAGUACCUAGGCCGCCGCUCCUGGUGCUGCAACUCGGACGGCGCACUGCUCAAGUUUUUUGUGCGUGUACUGCAGCAGAAGCUAGCUGAAGCAGAUGCACUGCCUUAUAAGGAGGACCUGGAGACGGCGCUGGAGCAGUGCUUCUACUGCCUGUACUCCUACCCAAGCAAAAAGAGCAAAGCACGCUAUCUGGAGGAGCACUCUGCACCACAGGUGGAGCUGCUGUGGAGCGACGCUCUCUUCAUGUUUGAAUACUUCAAGCCGAAGACCCUGCCAGAGUUUGACAGUUACAAGACGAGCACGGUGUCUGCGGAUCUAGCCAACCUGCUGAAGAGGCUUUCCGGAAUCAUCCCUUGCUCCGACAAGCCUAUGCUCUCCAUCGACCAAGUAUCAGCCUACAUAGAGGGAGGAGCACUCAAGGCACCAUCACUCCCAGAAGGAACCCCUCCAGCGCCCCCUCUGGUCAAUGAGCUGUACUACCUGUUGGCUGACUACCACUUUAAGAACAAAGAGCAGGCCAAAGCCAUUAAAUUUUACAUGCACGACAUCUGCGUGUGCCCCAACAGGUUCGACUCCUGGGCCGGGAUGGCUUUGGCCCGGGCCACUCGCAUCCAGGACAAGCUGAACUCGAACGAGCUAAAGAGCGACGGGCCUGUAUGGAAGCACUCGCUCGCUGUGCUGACGUGCUUUAAGCGGGCACUGGAGAUUGACAGCUCCAACCUGAGCCUGUGGAUCGAGUACGGCAACAUGUCCUACGCCCUGCACUCCUUCGCCUCCAGGCAGCUCAAGCAGUGGCGGAACGAGAUGCCGCCGGAUCUAACCAAAUUGAUGGAGGAGCGUAAAGAUUCGAUGCUGGAGACGGCAUGCAAGUGCUUCCAGAGUGCGUCCACAUGCGGAGGAGACUGUAAUGAGGAAGAGUGGCUGAUACACUACAUGCUGGGCAAGAUCUCCGAAAAGCGCAAGUUAUUGCCGAAAGAGUAUUUACGGCUCUACAAACAGUCUGCUCAUUUUCUUCAUGAGGAAGCUGCCAGGUAUCCCCGAAAAAUCCACUACCACAGCCCACCUGAUCUGGCCAUGGAGGCGCUAGAACUGUUCUUCCGUACGGCUGCCACUAUCCUGAAGCUGUUAGAGGAAGAAAGCGGCAAGGAAGAAUCCGAGCCGAAGGACCAUCUGGACUACGAGCUUUUCUUUAACAUGCUCGCUGAAGCUGCGGUCGGCCCUUUUGCUCGCGGAGAGGAGAAGAGCAUGCCUAAAACAAGCGACAAGGAAAAACCCCCUUCUUUGAAUGAUGAAGACUCUCACUCCUCCUCAGCGGUGACGGCGUUGGCGGCAGCAAACUCUACGGCGACAGCCGUGCCCAUGGCGACAUCCUUGCACAGCGACGGCGCGGCAGGUGUGACUUCCCCCCCGUGCGCGGUCACUCCGCUCGACCACGAUUACGCCAAACGUAAAAAGCUGCAGCAGAGGCAGGGGCAGCCGCAGGACGCCCUGUACAGGAAUAAAACACGUCAGAUCUCACACCUACCCUCAGGUAAAGCCGAAACUCUGAAUUCUCCGAGAUUAGAUCUUUUUUUUUUUUUUUUGAUGUUUUCUAAAGCCAUGGUCUCCUCCGCAGCAAACCUCCCUCACGACCACGAUUACUGCGGGUCUGGGUGUGCACCUUCUUUGCGAGCGGGACCUGCGUAUGAGCAAAGUCAGGACAGCGUGGCGGUGUUAUCGGACUCCAGCUCCCUGCAGGAUGUGUUCUUGGACGCCACCAGCUCACAGGACAGCACCCACAAGCUGGAUUCUGGGAAAUGUCAGCCAUUUUCUGAAGAUAUAAAUAUGCUUACGAAAGACAAAGCAGCUGCAGUGGAAGAACCAGAGGAGAAGCACAUGGACGUCAGCUCCACCACGCACUCCCAGGAGUCCUCGGACACCACUCUGUCCGUCGUCACUUCUCCCGAGAUGUCCGUCCCCAAACCCCCUGCCCCGGACACGCCAACCCAGGCAGCGGCCGCCCUGCUGCGCUCUGCCCCUCGCCGGCCCGAGCCGCUCACGCCACCCGAGCUACUGGAGGUGCCCAGGUGUCUGCCGACAGGCCGGGUGGAUCAGAGGAACGUGCUGGUAGAGAUGUGUGUGAGAGCGCUGUUUCUGUGCCUCAACCGCUUCCCCCAGCACUACAAGAGCCUGUACCGACUUGCCCACCUGUACGCCUGCAGCAAGACGCACAAGAAUCUGCAAUGGGCAAGGGAUGUGUUGCUAGGGAGCCGUGUCCCAUGGCAACAGCUGAAGCACAUGCCUGCACAAGGACUUUUCUACGAGAGAAACAAAACCAAUUUGUUCAACGGCAUCUGGCGAAUCCCAGUAGAUGAAAUCGAUCGCCCGGGUAGUUUCGCAUCUCAUAUGAACAGAUCCAUCGUGCUGUUGCUGGAUGUUCUGUCUCAGUUAAGGGAUCACGACACGCUGCUCAAGAUUUCCCUCAUGCUCCAGAGAACCCCUGAUCAGGGAAAGAAAUAUUUGCGGGAUGUGGACCGGCAGGUCUUGGCAAAGCGCGCCUUUUUCUUCACUGUGAAAGUGCUGGAGGACAAUCUGGAUAAACUCACUGCGGUGUCAGAUCCUUCUCUUAAGCCUUCCACUUACUCCAUGGGUGAAAUGACCACAGCUGACGUGUCCAGCCGGCCUCCUGCUACAGAGGACACGAAAUCCUCGCAACCUGCUAAACCAUGCCUUCCAGACUUGUCCGCGACCCCAGCCGUUGAUAUCACAACCUCAGGCCCCUGCCAGCCUCUGGCUCCUCUCUCUCAACCCACUCUAGAACCAGGAAACCAGAACCAAGGCACAUCAGCAACUUCUCAGACCAGAGAAGGUAACUCGAUCCUGGUGGAGCCUAUGGAGCUCGAACCUGGAAUAUGGACAGGCGUUCCAAAACCAGGUCACCCACAAUCAACCGCUGACAGUGUUUCACAUGAGCAAGGAACCCCCAGAUCUGUGGCAGAGGGGACAGAGAGACGUCUGGAAAGUGCUCGGACUCCGGAGCUUUCUCUGGAGGAGCUGAGCAUUAGUUCCAAACAGCAGCAGCUGAUGCAGGUUCAAGCAAGCACAGCCCACAGAGGAACCCACACUAUGACCACAGUGCGGCCAAACAGAAAGAGGAAGCUGCUCGAGGACGUCGAGUCGGGCAAGACGCUCUUACUGGAUGCAUACAGGGUAUGGCAGCAGGGGCAAAAGGUUAUGACCUACGACCUGGGGCGCAUUGAGAAGAUCAUGUCAGAGACGUACAUGUUAAUCAAGCAGGUGGAUGAGGACGUGGCGUUGGACCAGGCUGUGAAGUUUUGCCAGAUUCAGAUGGCAACAUCAGCACAAAGACAGAAUUCCAGUGAUGCCCCCAUCACUCCUAAGUCCAAUAAAGAGCACAGAGACAUCUUCUUCCCUGCUUCUGUCUCCACUCCAUGCCUCCACACACACUCGCAGCCUGUACCUGUCCAGGAGCAUGAGACCAAGCUGAGCAAGACUCCACGGCCUCUUCACACACACUCACAGUCUCAUACACCCAGCACGCCGACGCAGAUGUAUUGCCCGUCUCCGGGCCAGCAGGACCAAUCACAGCCCCGGACGACACCCAGUCAGCCAAUAGCAGGCAUGGCGUUCUUACCCCACACAGACAGAGAAGCCUCUGCCCCAGAAGGUCUGGCGUAUAGACAGCAGGAGUCUCAUUUGUGUCAGCAGAUGAAGUUGGCCACAGUUUCACAGAGUCACAACACACAGGAGUGGAGCAGUCACGAAGCCGCUACCUGCUCAACUCACACAGACACUGAAAGCGCUGAUCAGUCGAAGCAGGCCGAUUCGAGUCGGAUCCGCUCCCGGAUCCCUCCCAAUAUGCCCAAGCUGCUCAUCCCCUCCACAGCCACCAAAUUCCCCCCGGAGAUCACGGUCACGCCUCCGACUCCCACUCUGCUCUCACCCAAAGGCAGCAUCUCAGAGGAGACCAAACAAAGGCUCAAAAACGUGAUUCUGGCCUCUCAGUCGGCAGCUAAUGUAAAGAAGGACACUCUGGCUCAGCCGGCACUGGAAGUCCAGGAGACGUCCAGCCAGGAGUCGUCACUCGACAGCGAGACGGACGAGGAGGACGACUACAUGGACAUUUGAAUUAGAAAGAUUUCUGACUGUCUCUCUCUCUCUCUCUUUCUCUUUUCUAAUCUUUCUCUCGUUUCUUAGCUCGUUUUUUUUCGUCUUGAAUCGAUGAAACGUUUGUGUCCAUGCACUUGGUCUCUUCAGCAGUAUGCACGUUCUUUAAGCAAAAGGGCUUUUUCCUCGAUGCUCAAUGAUGUCCUCUCGCUACACAUGCACUGUGUUCUUUUUUUCUUCUUUUUUUCUCUCUCACUUUUUGCCUUUUUUUUUCUUUUUUCGCAACGAUGCUGCAAAGUCUGAACAACGAUCUCUGACCAGCAGCUUCUAAAUGCCGGUGCACGAGUCGAGUUCUGUUUGUUUCAUGCACCUACAUCAGCGGCUUUAACAGCAGGGGUCCUAUGCACACAGUCAGUUUAAUGCAAGGCAUUUAUAAUUACAGUCACGGGGGCAUUAGAUCAGAAAGUGUUUCCCUUUUCCCUUUUUUUCCCCCUCUUUAAAUGAAAUGAGUUUACAUCUGAAUAAGGUGCUUAAACUCAUGACAUAUCAACGUGGAUAUUUACUCCGAUGCUGUCCGCAUGCAAGCACUAAAACAUUGCCGGAAUGUUGUGCAUAAAUAAAUAUAUAUAGUGUGUGUGUGUAGGGUGGAUCUUGUGCUACCCACAGUGAAGCUUUGCUUUGAGCAUGGCUGCCUUGCUUGUGCGACGUGUCCAGUCCAACAACAGCAUGUGUUUACAGUUUCCUGUAGCGCCAACCACUUUUUCAAAAUGAAUUUCUACACUGUUUUUCACCGAUGUUUACUUUUGCCUGAUGGAUCAGUUUAAUUAUGCUUAUCGUAGAGUUCAUAAAGUGAGCCACUUUGGCCUCUUGGUACUCCUAUUAUGAAACCCCCAUUUUCAUAAUUGGACUUUAUUAUUAUUUGUAUUUUUUAUUUGGAUUUUUGUCAUUUAAAUGUUUGUUUUUUUUUCUGAUCAAAGCAGCUCUCGUAAUGACUGUACUCAUGUUUGUGCUACGUGGAAUCGUGUUCGGUCUUCAUUUGUAAUUUCUUUUGUACUGAAUUACGUAGCUGGGCGUGAGAGUUUUAGCACGCAGGUUUGAGUCCUGCCACCAGCAUCGAGUCGGAGACUAUAUGUACCUUAACUAAAUGUACUUAUGUAAUCUAAUUACGCAGAGGUAUCCGGUGGGUUUGCUUUAAAGCAAUGCACCUUUUCAUAGUCAAGUGUCCAGCAUCAUACCAAUGUCAAGAUCUUAUCAAUAGUGGAAUAUAUAUUUUAAAAACAAGAGCGAGACGGACCUUAGCAUGAUCCUGGACACGUUGCGUUGAAAGCGGGUGCAUCACUCUUCAAGCUGUAGAGUAUUGUGUGCAUGUUUUAAAGAGUAAAUGUAUAUUUUUUUGAAGAAAAGAAAGCACAAGAUGUGUUGUGCUUUGCCUUCCCCUGCACAUAACUUCUGGAGAUCAUGUGGACCUCCUUCCUAAACAGCCGAAUGUUUGUUUUGUUUUGUUUUUUUUAAAUCUUAAACAGUACUUUUUCUACAAAUGGAUGGAUUCAUUCCCUCCUGUAUUUUUCUGGUUAUCGAAUAAAAGAAAUAAUAGUUUAAAAAAAGAAUUUUUGCAAAAUAAGGAAAAAGCUUGUCAAGAGAUACAAGAUGGACGUUCGACACAAACGUCGGACCUGUAAAUGGCUAAAGAUGUUUGUAUUUUUCUCUACUUUGUAAAAGCAUGGUGGUUUGUUUGUUUGUUUGUUUGGGGGGUGGGGUAUGGGGGGGGGGAUAUGGCUCUGCUUGGGCUUGUACUGAGAAUGUAACUUGGUGAAGGACGGAUGGUACGAGCAUUGAGCUUGCCCUCUCUCUGCUCACACUUGUUCUCCUGAGGGUUCAUAUUUCUCUCAGUUUUUGACUUGCUGCAUUAAAAAUUGUCACAAAACCAAAAAUAACACUUGAUGACACUUUCACCCUGCGCCGAUUUCUGUCUUUUUCUUGUUUUUUUUAUUUUUUUAUUUUAAUGUGUACUAGUAGUAACCUGUGCCUCGGGGCUUUCUGCCUGGAUUUAUAAUACUUAUCUCUGCAUUUGCAAUGCUUAUGAGCUGUGGGUGGAAGAUGUACAAAAAGAUCAUCACAGAUCUUGAAGACGCAUCGAUACAUGACAGGUAUGACAUGACAUCAUAUAAACCUAUAAUUUGGUUUGCUGACAAAGUGCUACAGUAAAUAGUAUAUGGUUUUAAUGUCUGCAGAAACAAAACUGUCUUUUUUUUCCCCCCCAGAACGUGGCAUAUUUCUGAGUGAACAGGAUAUCCACGUAUGGAAUAAUAUAGAGCUAGACUUUGGAUUAAACAAGUUGACAUGAUUACAUUGGUUAAGAUUAUUUUGUCCUCUUCCUCUGUGUGGACGAGGGCCAUUUCCAAGAAUCACUAUGACAGAAUCAAAGAAUUUAACCUGUUAAUACUCAAGAAUCAUGUACAAUAUGACUAAAUAACAUGGAAAUUAGGAAUUUCAGACAGGACUUUCAUUCAUAUGGUUGUUGGUGUAACUGUUAUUUGUACCACGGUGUUAUUGAAAUUCUUGAAUCUGAUAUCAACUCCUUCACAAGGUCUUAAAUGAUAGAUGCGGCACAUAAUAUAAUCUGAUAAUAAACUGGUUUAUAAAUGUGCUGUCAUUUAGCAAAGAAAAACAUAAUAGUUGAAAUUGUGAAGGCUUCUGUAAGGAGAUAUUUUUCUUAACAUUUAUGGAAGGAGUCUCCAGUGUCAGCGUGUUUUCCACCACAGGAAACUCUCCAGAAAAGAGGACUUUGAGCUUUGUGGUUUUUCUGUAACAUGACUAUCUUAAAUAGUUUUAGCCUUUAUGUCGGUUAUGGAAAACGUCGAAGUAGAUUUGGAAUACUAAUCAAACAAAUUAUAUAAUGAUCAUUGUAAUUGUAGUCAUUUAAAUAAUAAUUAAAAAGGAAAAAUUAGGUCAGAAAGUGUGGGGACCUGCUCAUGUUGUAAACUUCAAAAUGUUUUUGGUUUAGCUGUUGUUUGUUUUUCUUUUUGCAGGGAUAUUGUGAUAAUUACCAAGGCGAUCACUUUAAAAGCACAACCCUCUUACCUAAAUUAAUGAUGGAAAAUACAUUUUUAACUUAAAAAAUUUAAGUAACUCACUAGCAAUAGCUAAUUCUAUGACAGAAACCCAACCCUGUUACUUUCAAUUCCAUUAUUCACUUAAAAGCAAAAUGCAAACAUUCUCAGGAAAGUAACCUUUUAACAGUUAAAUGCAUGUUUUCUUAGAUUAAUUAAAUUAUUUUUAAAAGUUGUUAAUGGCACCCAAUUGUGGAGUCACUCUACUGAAAUGGGCUACAACAUGGCCUGUAUAUAUACAGCAGCUGAGUCUAAAAUAGUGAAGACGAUUAUGCCCGUUUCUAAGUUGUAACACUACAAAAUAUGUUCAAGGGGGUUAAUACUUAAGCAAAGCACUGCAGCUUCUCUGAAAUCUUUGUGUGCUACUUGCCAGUUUUUUCCUAAUGAUAUUAAUGGUUCCAGUGUUAAGUGUUUACUUUAAAACUUUUUGCUGCAUCAUCCUUCCACAUAUCCUUCCCCUCUAUUCCUGAUUCAGAAGCAGAGCUGGCUUUUUGGCAUGGUGCCAGUGUGUAAUCCUGGAGUUCAGCCACAUGCCUACAACAUUGCAUUCUCUUUUUCCUUCGGUUCUCCUAUCGUACACAUCAUGAACACUCCUGUGGCCACACCACAAUCUCAUUUAGCAAACACAGCUCUGUUUCUGGAAUCACUCCCUGACCUUUCACUUAGUAACACCAAGCUGCCAUUUUCAAAGAUGCCAUCAUCUCUGAUUAAAUGUUUGUGUAAGGGCAAGAGCAUGCACGCGGUUGAGUAUUUAUAGAUUUCAUACUACUACUGGGAAUUUGUUCUUUGGUCUGAUGCAGGGGUCUAUAAAGUGAUGGUUGGUUACGAGGUUUUUUGGGGGUUUUUUUGCUCUGAAUGAAAAGGGGGAUGCGCACUACCAGAUGACACACUAUGGGUGAUUGAUUACACCUUCCUCUAAGCUCACUCGCAAACACACCCAGAACUCUGACCUCUGAGCAGUGAGAGUCAGCAGCAGGUGGUGACACAAGUUUACAUGAAUAACAGGAUCAGCUCGGAGUAAAUGGUUGAUCAAAAUCCUUGGGUAAAAUCUUUCUGAGGUCAGUGGCAGCCUGAGUGGUGGUUAAACUUACCUAGCUUACGACAUGUUAAUUUAUGAAUGUAGUUUAUACUUCAACAUCGCAUCCUUCUCAAUUCUUUAACUUCUCUGAAAGGGAUUGAGAGAGUUCAAAAGGAUUAGUGCUUAAAUAGAGGCAUUUAAACACCUCGUCAUUCUGCUGCCAACUACAACGCUCUGUUGGCAUCGUGCCUCAUGUUUAUCCUCUUAUUUUAAACAAAACUCUCUCAGAUAUUAUGAGCUCCCUGAAAUUUAUACUGUAAUCGGAUGGUUCAUAACUGUUUUUGAAAAUCAGAUGAAUGUAGAAUGUGAUUAUCAUUUUGGA